GUUGGUACGACUGAUAACAACUGAAGAAGAAGCAGCCUACUCCUUUAUGUUUUUAGCAUUAUGACUCUUCAAGUUGACCGUGAACACAGUAUGACAACAGAGCUGGUUACUUAGUUUAGGAGCUGUUAAUGCUUAAAAACACUAAAAUCAUCAGCCAACAGAAUGUGUCCCCUAGUUAACAGUUUGUUUUUCUCAGAAGCUCUUGUUUGUAUGAACUGGGAGCUCAGCUAGCUUUGCCCUCCUUAGCUAAAGCUAACUCCGCUAAUUCAGUAGUGACUGGAAAGAAACGAGGGACAGUGUCAGCAAGCAGAGCGGGAUGUUGUGUUUGCAGACAUGGCCAGAACAAGGUGUGCUCUGAGGAUGCAGGAAGUUCUGGUGGAGCUGUGGAGCCGUCAGCAGUGACAAGGAGGCUGGAAGGCUCAUGUCUACAGAUCCCUAGUCUCUCGCAGUGGAGAACACCUCAGCAUGGUGAAGACAGCGAAGAUGGAGCUGCUGAGGGCGCUCGUCAGUGAGUGUUUGUCAGCAGCUGCCCAGGAGAUCUUCAGGAUUGUUGAAAGAACCAUGAUAGAGUAUGAAGAGGAAAUGUCAUGUUCAAAGUGGGUGGUGGACAACCACCACAGAUUGCUGGAUGUUGCCAAGUCAGAAAAUGAAGACUCUCUCCAGAUGUCUGCCUCAGAUGUGAAUUUGCAGUCUGAUCAACAGCAGCCUGCAGCCAGUGUGAAUGUCAGUGUAUCCUGGGAACCAGAUAACACCAAGACAGAGCAAAAAGAAGACUGUCCCAGCAUGACAAACACUCAUCCAGACUUCUGUCCAGCCAGUGAAAAUGAUCAAAGUGACCAGGAGAUACUGGUUGAUAUUGAAGACGAUGACGUGAAGCAGGAGUGUGACCUGAACAUGUCUUGGAAAAUUCCCAGAGUGAAGAAACCAUUCAACUGUCCCAUUUGCUUGUGUGGUUUUUCUUCCAAAAAGACAAUGGUACGACACAUUAAAAAGCAUCCAGAGGACAAAUCGUCAUCAUACCAGUGCCAGUUCUGUGACUGCCACUUCUGCCAUAAAUCUGAAUUCAUCAUCCACACCAGGAUACACAAAGGUGGUAAGCCAUACAAGUGCCAAGAUUGUGACAAGAGUUUUGACCAGAGGGACAGUCUGCUUAUACACAGAGAAAAACAUGCUGAGGAGAAACCACAUCAGUGUCAUGAUGAAAAAGUUGAUGAAGAAAUUCACCUCAGAGCAGUGACACCUGCCACUAAGAUUAAAGAAGAACUGGACCCCACACCUGAUGAAUCUAGCAAUGGCUGUAAGACAUUUCCUUUGACUAUCACCCCCUAUGAUAAAAGUGAAUUUGAUCAGGAGUCUCUGCAGCCCCUGUGUCUUUACCAGAUCCAGACCGUCUCCGAUAUAGAUAAAGAUGCCUCAGCUGCACUUUCAGUCGAUCACAUUAAAACCGAGCCUGCUGAACACGAUGGUGGCAUAUCAGACAGCACCGGAGAUGAUCAGUUGCACCUCUCAGUGAAUCCAGGUGAACAGGGUGAAGGUGAGACAGAGCCCAAACAUUUAAACAUGAAAAAUAUCUUGCCAAGAAGACCUUCAAGAAAAGCCACCAAGCUCAUUGUACAGUUUGAGGCAGGAACUGCACAGAAACCCUUUAAGUGUCCUUGUUGCACCAAAUGUUUUUCCUUGACUAAGACUUUAAUAAGACACAUAAAGAUCCAUACAGCAGACAAACCAUAUCAGUGCCAGUUUUGUGGGAGGAACUUCUGUCAGAAAUCUGACCUGGUUAAUCAUACAAGGAUACAUACAGGAGAGAGACCGUAUCAGUGCCAAGAAUGUCACAAAUCUUUUGCACAGAAAGGCAAUCUGGUAGUUCACAUGAGGAAACAUACAGGAGAGAAACCGUAUCAGUGCCAACAGUGCAGCUGUAGGUUUGGUCAGAAGUCAGCGUUAGAAUGUCACGUGCAGAACCACACGUAGUUUGAUGAGUUUCAGCUUCGUCUCAAGGGUGGUAUCAAACCUCAGAUUUAUUCGGUGUCGAGUGAAAUGUGUCCGUGUCAAAUUACGUACUGGAUGGUGGAAUUAAAUGUCUCAUCACAUUCAUCAUCUUGCUUACCAGCUGACAAAAUAGUCCCACCACAAAGUCCAUUUCUAGCUGUUCUGGUGCUUUUGAUUCUGAAGCUGUAUCAUAGAAUACUAAAUGUUAAUAUUUCAUAUGAAUAUAUAAUGAGCUGUUCAAUGAUUUCUCAUUCAUGUUCGCUUAAGUUAAGCGAGUUCAGUUAUUUUUCCCUAGUUCAGAAUUUUCAACCCUCCACAGAACAGCUACUAAAGGAAGCCUUGUGGUUCACCUGCUUCCAGAUCUUUGCCACUCAUUUGCUUCCUUUUUCUCCAGAAAAAGAACCAGUUGAUCAAAUAUUGCAGACAAAUGGUGACAAGUGUCAAUGAAGUGGAUGCAGCUAUACGGUAGACCUGCUUUCUGACAUCCCCUAAAUCUUUGUCAUGACAACUGCUGAAUUCUUCAGAUGUGCAAAAGAGCAAUUUUGGGCCCUCAUGCGCAAAGCAACGAAAACAUAUGGGGUUUUUAUGAAAAACCUUCAUUACACAUGUGUAUGAAUUUAUACACCAAAUUCAGGGAUGUGGCCUGCAGUGGUAAAUAGGACAACAGGUUUUGAAUAGUGAGUGACAUUCAGAGAUGAUUUCCUCAAGCAUCCAUUCACAACCAACCUUCACUCUCACCUACUAGCAGUGUAAACUCACCAUAUAACCUGUAUGUCUUUGGACCUAAGAGGGUGGACCAUGGAAAUCUCCAAAAUGGUCGGCCGGCAGUUGAAGACCUGGAAGCUUCUUUCUGUGAGGCAACAGUGUUAACCACUGCACUACUGUGACACACAGUAUUCACAACGAUUUCAGCACUUAUGGAUGUACAAAAGGGUCAGGUUGGAGACUGUCUCUUCAUUCGAGACCUUGAAUAUCUGUCAAGGUCCGCUGUGGUCGUUUUUUUACUGGUCAUGGACAACCGUGUAACAUUUCACCAAAGCUGCACAUUUUCCUGCUCCUCUAUGCCUGUGUCUGUUUUUCAAGGAUUCAAGAAGGAUUCAAGGAGCUUUAUUGUCAUUUCACACAUAUAGAACAUGAGGUGGAAGAAAAUUAGUCUCCCUGGUCCCGGUAUAAGCCCAAUAACCUACAAAAUACCCAAUGCUAUAAAUAUAAAACAACACUAUAUAAAUCUUAAAACAACCAGAAUAAAAAAGAUAUAAACAGUGAACAGGGAUGGCAAAAAUACUUACAGCGGUAUUGCAGUAUUGGUAUUUUUAAUAUUUAAAGCAAGUGUCUGCAGGACACACUCUUUACCGAAUGCUGACUUGAUAGGAUAAGAUAGGCCUUUGUUAGUCCCGUAUGCAAAACAAAAUAAUAAUAAUUUUCCAACAUGAAAUUGGCUAACAAUACAAUGUCAGACUGAAGAAUGAAGUGAAAUGGCACUUGAGCAUGGUUAGUAGAGUAGUCUGGGGUGGGUUUAUUUUUAUAACUAAUGUUUCCAAUGUCAAGAAUCAGUUCAUCUCAUCUCAAUCUGAAACUCUGACCAGUUUUAGACCGAAUUUUAUUUAGGUAAAGUUCUUGUAUCAAGACAGUAUUCAUGAUUUCAAAACAGUGGUGUAUUAAAUAAAAAGAAAUGGAAAGAUUUCUGUCCAUAGCCAGUUGUUCGUUUUUGUAUUGUAAACAACUGUCACUGUUUUCAUAUUGUCCUAAAUGUCGUGUGACUAUUGUAUGGCAGAUUCAUUGUAUUCAGUAAGGCUCACUCUGGUCAUGCAUCACCACUGUGGAUACUGACAGUAGAAUCCAAGCAGCACAUAGAAGGAUGGGCCUGAAUUACAUUUUUAAUUUAAUGUAAUAUCAUUUCAGUGUAGCAGCACUUUGUGGUUUGAGACAAAUGUUCUGAACAAGAAUGUGUUUGUGUAGGGAUAUUGUAAUUAUUGUUUUUUUUUGUUUGUUUGUUUUUUUUGUAAGGCCUGCAUUUUAAUGUUACAAAUCCAAUAGAGUCCUAGCUAUCCUUACCGUAUUCAAAGAUUUGUAUUAAUUAUGAGUUUCUAAAAUUGUCUGGUGGCCUGAUGUUUUAUAAUGGUUUUAUUCUGCAAAAUCUAUGAGAAAUGUGCUUCUACAUAAAAUAUGAAAAUGGGA